AUGACUAAAGUAUUUAUCUUUUUUUUUGCAUUAAAUAGUUUUUUUUCAUACAUUUUUACAUGUAUUCAUGUUGAAGAUACUUUCAAAAUUAAACUAAAUAAAAUAAAUACUGGGGAUUUUUUAAGAAUAUGUUGUAAUAACUUUUGUUCUUAUUUGAGAUAUGAUGUAACUAAAAAAACAUAUUUAUUAAUUAAGGAAAAUAUUACAUCAUUUAGUUGUAAAAAUACAACGGUAAAAUUAUAUUAUUCUAAUGAGCAUUACUUUUAUUUCUCACAUUUUAUCUAUGCCAACAUUAAUCAAGUAAAUGAAUUUGUUGAUUCUUUUGAAAAUGAAAAAAAAAAAAUUAUUUUUUGGAAACCUUUUUUUGAAUUCAUAGAAAUAAAAAAGGGAAAAAAAUACAUUUAUAAACCUCUUGGUUAUUAUCAAAAAAGAAAAUAUAACAACCAAAAAAAAAACUUUAUUUCAAAAGAUAAAUUAAAUGAUUAUAAUAACGGAGUACCUAAUACAAAAAAAUUCAGUAGUGACAAAAAAAAAAAAAAUGAAGACACUAGUACUAAAAAUGAUAACAUAAAUUUCGAAAAAUGUAAAGAUUACCUAAAAAAGUAUAAUAAAAAUAAUAUUUGUAAUAUGAGUUCGUUAAUACAAAACUUUAAAGAAUUAGUUGUUCAGAUAAAAAAAGAAAAAAUUGGAAUUUUUGAUAAUUCAUUACAUGUUACAGAAAAUUAUGAAUAUACUAAUAAUAUAAUAAAUAAUAAUAAAAAGAAUUCAGGUAAUAUAAUAGAAGAAUCUAGUUCAUUUCAUAAAAUAUAUAAAAAUUACCUAAUGAAAAUUGUUCUUACUUACAAUCCUAUAUUUUUAUUUUUGUUUGAAGAUCAAAAUAUUUGGAACUUUAGUAUUAAAAAGAUUAACACAAGCUUAGAUACUGAUUAUAAAAAAAAAGGAUUAAUGUACAAGAAAAAUUAUAAAGUACUAUUAAGAAAAGAAAUUGUGAUACUUAUUUUUAUUAUUUUAAUAAUACUAAUUCAAAUAUUUUUGAAAAGAAAAAAAUGUAAAAUAAAAGCAGAAAAAUAUUCAAAUAAAAAGAAUAAAAUUGCUGAAAACAGACUAGCUGAAAUUCACGUAGAGUAUAAUAGCAAAAUACAAACAAAUGUUGGUUCUAAAAUAAAAGAUAUAACAGAUGAAGAUUUAAUAAAUUUAAUGGCUCAUAAUAAAGCGGAAAUAAUAAUCGUUUGUCAACCUUAA